GUAUUUACAGUCUUGAGCUUCAUCAAGUGGUUGUGUACAGCACCCGAUGCAUACUCUUGGGCAGAGUACGCCGCAGCGUUAACCGCAACGGGCAAUACGAGGGAAGCCAGAGAGAACUUCAUCUUGGCGGCAGAUGCAGUGAAGUUAGAUUGAGCAAGAAUGAGCAGAUUGUCUCACGACGCCGCAUGUCAGUAUUUAUACAGCAUCGCCUCGCUGCUUGGGUCCAACUUCUUCGCACUGCAUCUUUGUCCAGCAGUUCAACUACUGCGUAUUGGAAGUCGACCAUCGGUGCUGGGCACACACGCGUGCUUGGCGUACUACACCAGUCGGAGAAGGUAAGAUCAUCACCAAACGGUACCCUUCAGGCAGGUGGAAUUUCUAGCUUCCGGAUGCUGUGCACUCACCACAGCAACACCCUUGUGAUGAUGACUUACGCCAUUUGACGCUAUCACUGGGCGUCUUGGCCAGCAUCGUUUUACAGGAUGGUGCUCUU